UUACUCCAUACUUCUAACUCAAUCUUAAACUUCUUUUAUAUAUAUAAAAAAUAAAUUGUCUAUCUCAAUUCUCAAAUCUUUCUUUUUCUGAAUAGUAUCUCAAAUCUUUCUUAACAUUCUUGCAGUGGCGGACCUACCCUUGGUCCAGGUAGGUCACGUGACCUGUAAAAAAAAAAAAAAAUUUAAAAAAAAAAACACGGACAGUCUACUGGAAGGGGAAAAGAAACAAAACAGAGACCAACUUCAAAAUUCAUGCACUCAUUCUCUCAAAUCUCAAUCUCUCUCUUCGCUCUUCGCCGCCGCACCGCCGCUCGCCGGAGUCGCCACCGCACCGCCUCGCCGAGUCUCCGGCUGCUCCAUCCGCAUACACUCGGCGCUCUUCGACUCUUCUUGCUGCCAGGUGGUUUAUUCCGGCGAGGCGGCGACCACCAGCCUUUUCUGGUGAACAGUGGCCUUAAUUUACUUCCUCUUCCUCUUCUACGAAAAAUGGUAUGUUGUAACUGAAGGAUAGAGUCGAUUUUGAUGACAUUUCAAAUUUGUUAGCCAUUGUUUUGUGCUAAACCGCAUGAUGUUAGUCUUAUUGAGAAGAAUUGCUUCUUCGAAUUCGAUAGUAAAUCCUUGUAGUAUUACCCUCUUUAAUAGAUAUGUUUCGAGCCGGGUUUGUAUUGAUAAGGAUGAAAGAAGUUCUUAUUCAUCAACUUUGGUCGAGAAUGACAAUGGUUUAAGGAAUCAUCUUGGAGGGAUUUCUAAUGUGCCAUUGCUUUGUCGGGAUCAACCUCAACUUGAUAGUCGUGAAAUUGAGGUUGUUGAUUUAGAUACUUGGUCUAUUUCUUCGGGUUUGUCUAGUGUUUUAAAGAGUGAACAAAAGGAAUCACAGUUGAGAAUGGUUGGUUUAGAGGAAGUAGAUGAUCAUCCUGAUCAGGUUGAGGGUGAUCCCGAUAUUGAUGAGAUUGAAGAUAUGAGACUCUAUGGAAGCCUUUUUUACAAGAUUGAGAAAAGUUCGAUGGAGUUUGAAGAAUACAAAUUUGACUAUCAUGGAAAGAAGUUAAAGUCUAGUACAAAUGAUGAAAAGGAAAGCAAGAAGAAAGAAAGCCUGAAAUGUGAUUUGGCUCAAAACAGGCAAAAGUCUUUGAAGGGUCAGGACAGUCAGCAGGCGAGUAGCAAGAAGCCAGGUUCAAAAGAUUGUUUCUUGGUGAACAAGGAGCGGCUUGUUAAAACUAUCGAGGAGAACUAUGUUAUUUGUGAUCAUGAUCGUGAUGGCUCAUCUGCUGGGAAAAAGUUAAGAAGCCCGACUUUCAACCAGCUCACGGGGCCUUUCCAUGAACCUUUUUGUCUUGACAUUCAUGUGUCAAAAGGUUCAGUUCGUGCUUGUGUAGUCCACCGAGUAACAAGCAAGGUUGUCGUUGUUGCACAUUCCAUUUCUAAAGACAUGAAAUUUGGCCUUGGGUCUACCAAAAGUAGAGUUGCUGCAUCCUCUGUGGGAACAGUUCUAGCACAGCGUGCUUUGGCUGAUGAUAUUCAUGAUGUAAUUUAUACGCCCCGAAAAGGAGACAAGUUGGAGGGAAAGCUUCAGCUCGUCCUUCAAUCGAUUAUAGAUAAUGGGGUUUAUGUUAAGGUAAAGCUUAAGCAGAGGAAUCCUGGUAAACCUAUUAGAAGACAUGUUGACUAAGUAUAAUUUGUUUGGUUGUGGCUCAGUAGUUCCAAGUUCCAGCCAUCUACGCUCUCAAACAACUUGCUUAGCCCUGUUGAAAUUAGGAUGUUUGGUAAAGCCAGUGACUCUGCACUCUGGAGCGUGCCAAAGGGAAACAAAUUCUCGAUAUUCCAAUUGGCAAGUAAUUCGGCUGGAAUUUGGAAUUUGGAAAUUGGUGUUUUAACUAAUUCUAGAAUCAAGUAAAGCAUCAGGCACUCAGGCAGUAUGCCAAAUACUAGUCCACAGGUAUUAAGUGUGGCACUGUGAUGAAAUAUGUAAAACUAUCAAGUAGAAGCUAAUGAGUGUGGUGGUGUACCAUCCAAAAUUUUGGUGUAACAUCCAAUAUCUUGUACUGCUUUUGAGCGUGGUGGUGUACUAUCUGUAAUUUUGCUGCUACUGAGUUUGGUGUUGUUGAUUUGCAAUAUAAUACAAGCAAAGAAAACUAAGUGUAUGCAAAAGUGAAUAAUCCUGAUCAUUAAGAGCUGCAUCUUUUGCUAGCCAUUAACAUUCGACAGUGGGACACCAAGUGACUUUUCUCUUGCUGCUAGCAAGUAUCGUGCAACCCCCCAAAAAAAUCUUCCUGCAAACUUGCCACUUUGCAUCUGCAUUUCAAUGGCUUUAUUCCUCUCUGAUAAACAUUAAUGAUAAUGGUAUCAGCUUCCCGAGUUGUAAACUCAGAGCUGCAUCCCUGAAGAAAUAGGAAAGGGAACAUAAAUGGAAGAACAUAAGCAUAUGGAUGAAUAAGGUGUUUUAAGCAAAGCUGGAUAUGGUUUGAGGUUGGAGACUGGAAGAAUUCUAAUUGAAAUUAAGUGACAAAAAGUCAUCACUGAAUAUAUAUUUUCUCUUCUUGAGGUAAAAUCUUUCUCUGUCUGAGUAAAUUAUUGAUUAAAUUGACAUCUACUUCCUAUGGUUUGGUAAAAUCUUGCUGCAUUGUUUGAACCAUGAUGUUAAAGUCUAAAAAGAGUGGCUUUUUGUAAAUGUUAAUUUGAACCUCAUCUGGUUUCUAGGGACAUAAAAACAUUUGUUGUAUAAUGCAGGGGAAGUUUCUGAAUUGGGUUGGAAAAUUUAAACUUCUGACGAUAAUUUCCUGUUGAA